AAGGAGUAUGGGUACAGACGCGAGAGAACCAUCAUGUAGUUAAUCGGUUGAGAGAAAUAUUACCCGUGAUGAAGUUGCUCGUUAAGCAAGGGUACAGUGACCUGGCGUGCAUCGGUUUUGUAUGAUCAUGUAUCCCGCUUUGAAUAUUCGAGUCCACGAGCGAACCUACAAAACCUUUUUUGCCUUGGAUAUUUCACCCUCUUGCGCUUCCCUAAGAACACCUUAUGCUUAUCUCCAGAAGAUGGAGAUUCGUGAUAAGCGAGACGCAAUCAAAAUUUUUAUUAACACCCAACGGACAUCAUUAUUAACACCCGACUCGUUAACGUCAAGGCGUAUGGGCACAUCAAAUAGUCACCGUAAUAAGAGAGCCUUGAAAUAUUUCAUUCACGAACACGAUCAAUCUUCUUCCCCCGUGUCUCUACUUCUACCAAUCGUAUAGACUUAGAGCAAGUCUCCAACGCAGAUUUACACUGACUCAUACUUUUUCCUGUUUACAUUUUCUGUAGUUUCUCCUACGCGGAAAAAUAAGGAAAGAUGGCGUCCAAAGCGCUCCCGGCGAACAUCAAGAAGGCCAUGCAGAAGGCAUUGGUCAAAACAACAGAUAUGUCACCGGUACAUUUUUUUGGUCAUUUCAAUUCCUUUGUUUGAAAGUGAUGUAUCGCGAGGACACGAUUUUACAUAUUGUGCUCCUCGUCCUGGUUCUAAUUUUAUGUUUUGUGGAUCCUUCUUGACCUCCACCAGCAACACAAAUUGAAACAUGACUAGGAACAAGAGCAGGAGGUGGUUGAUUGCAUAGUGGGUGUGAUCGAUAAGCAGACUGGUCCGGAAGGGCUCAAUAUUGAGCCAGCAGCGAAAGCGAUAAAAGACGCACUCGACAAGUCAUACGGAGCUCAGUGGCACUGUAUCAUGGGAAAAGGCUUCUCAUACGACGUCACCGCACAGACCGGAAGCUUGAUGUAGUCGUUGAUCAUGAUGUUGUUACAUUUUUUACAUCAAGAUCUUGAAUACGUUUUUACCGUUAUAGUUUCUGACAUAGGGGCUACCUACUUCGAUAUGGAUUAUGUUGUUUCAUCACUGAUAGAGUACAGUAGAUCUUGUAGAGCUAGAGCAUCAACAAGAGACACAGGGGUAUUACGCACAAAUACGCAAACCAGGUUUGUCUUCUAUCAAGGGGAAAUAGCAGUGUUGGUAUUCAAAUGCUAGUUGCAGGCGGACGAGGCAAAUGAUCUGAGAAGAUGAGCAGAUUUCGGUCGAGCCCGCCGUCUCAUCGAAAUUUCGUCGAAAAGAUUUGCUUUUUUGCUGACCCAGUUGCGAAACUUUUUUUUGCUCUACCCAUCAAGCAGAGCUUCAUACCCCCCUAAGCAUUAUAUCUUCUAGUACCACUUCUACAAGUACUACAAGAAGUACAAGUACAACUUCCACUACCCCAUUGAAAUUAAAAAAGUAGACGUCGGGUCAGCCCGUGAUUCAACGUCCACGAAAUCGAUGACAACUUGAUCAUCAGUAAUUGACACUUGUUUUGCCACUACUGAAACUUACUUACUUCUGCUUUGUGAUGAAUCUAAUGAAUAACUACGGUCUAUGUUAUUGUUAGCUCGAGUAAAAAGAAGUUGAAGAUAAUCCAAAUCUAAUUACUUAUACUAGCAGAGACGAUCAUCUGAGGACGCAUUUCUACAACACGAGACACAGAUUGCAGGAUGAAUUAUCGGAAUGAAUACGAAGAAGAAGAUGCACUGACACUGAAAAAUUAUAAGUAGGAGGGACUACAAUUCAUUGCGCGAAGCAUGCUCCCACGAUGGUGCUUCGAUAGGAGCCGCAGCUUUCGAAAUUGAAAAAAAUGUCUACUUGAGCCGCAAUUGGUAUAUUUGGGAGGACCC